AUGGAGUCGUCUUACAUCUUUUCUCGUCAACUGGCGCUGUUGUUAACUGUGUGUUGGCUUUUUGUUCAUGAAUGUUUGGCGGUAAAGGAUUCGGGGAGCGUGUUGGAUCCCUCGACUCUAUCGCCGAUGGACAGAGACGUAAGGCUUAAAGGCGGUGUCCAGCCUUGGGAAGGUCGCAUCGAGAUCUACAGCCAGAGUUCUGGCCAGUGGCAUACUCACUGCAAUACGCCGAGACGGGAAGAGUUCUACCACGUUGUGUGCCGUAGGCUCGGCUACAAUGGAUUCCUCAGGGACCUCAAGGGCACGGAAUUCGAGAAGAGUUCGCUGGUUCCACUUCGAGGUUAUUUUGAGUGCAACAAAGAUUCGGCGGACCUGCGAAGUUGCUUUUUCAAGGAAGGCGAUGGCUGCAAAAGCAACAACGAAGAAGUUGGAAUCGUAUGCUCGGCAGUAGUUCAGUCGUGCGGACCUAUCUCUUUCCAGAAGGACGAUCACCUUGAAAUGCACCCCUUUAGACUGAGCUAUCCAGACAAAACUCGUGUGACCGUUAGGUGUCCCGGGGACCCCAGUAUCUCGGGUGUGAUGAAGUGCAUCAAUGGUCACUGGGAGUGGGAAGGAGAGGAGCCACCGGCCUGUCCACCUAGAGCUGAUGAUACGAUUACGUGUCCUGCUCCUUUUUAUGACACACGUCACACCUUCCUACUUCCGGCAAAGUUGACGUACCGCUACGACGAAACGUUCGAGAUCGUGUGCAUUGACCGUUCUGAUGCAACGAAGCUGAGAUGCGGGGAUGGUGGUCGACUAGAAUGUUAUGAUGGAGAAGACGGCUGCAUCCCAGAAGUUCCUAGCUGCAUUACUCCUUCCCGUAGACCUACAGAUGAUCAUUUGCUGUUGGUCGGAGGCGACAAAUCAACAAAAGGUCGUGUUCUCGUGAAUCGUGAUGGACAAUGGGGAUCUAUCUGUGCGGAUGGCUGGAACCUUGCAAACGCCAAUGUCAUCUGCGCUCAGUUAGGGUACGGUCCCGCCAGGAGACUGCUCGACUCUCCAAACUUUCCGCCAGGACCCAAGAGAUACUUGUUCAGGGAAGUGAGGUGCAGCUCGAGCGAAACGAACAUUUUGGAUUGCAGCAUGAAGCACAUGUCUGUUGGCGACAAGUGUCAUUCAGAUUACGAAGUAGAAGUCGACUGCUCUCCUGAAGAACCACAAUCUUAUUCCUUUCGUUCCAAUUGCGGAACACCGGGUCUUCCUCAAAAUACAUUUGUCAAGCCAUACAGACAUGUGUACAAUGCAGGAGAGAUGGUGACACUCUUUUGUGGUGGAAAGCCUACCAAGAAAGUUGAACUAACAUGUUCUUCGGAUGGGCUUUGGAGUGGCGACGUCAUCGACUGUGGUGUGCAUGCGCCAUUGGAUCCAAGACUGCUGAUUGGAAUCGGGAUAGGAAUUAUUUUUCUACAAAUCGUCAUUUCCAUCAUCAUAUCUCGCUGCAGUACUCCUAGGCAGCAGCCAGUAGCAGAAGUAAGGGAUGAUGCCCCUCCGCCUGACAACGAAGCUAAAGCUCGACCAACCAAUCAACAGUCUGUGCAACCACUACGCCACCCACAAAGCGAUGACAGUAAACAAGAGUAGAACCAAUCCCACAGGGAUGUUUCCUGUCCCCCUUUUUAUUUGGGUCAUUUAUGCUAAGAACUUCAUUUAUACCUAUCUGUAAAAGGUAACUGAUUGAAUAAAAAGAAAUGGAGAGGGAAGGGAAUUUAUGAAUAUGAUUUCGAAAUUAAGUCUAUUGAAAGUUUUCAUGAGAAAAUGAUAAUUUCGUUUCAUCUUGAAAUAACAUGUUUCUGUUUGUGGUAACUCCCGU